AUGGACCAAGCGGCAGAGCAGCCACGGAAGUGUCCCGGGCUCAACUGCGAGAACGACGCGAGCACAUUGCAAUGUCCGAAAUGUAGGGACAUGGGAGUUGACAGCUUCUUCUGUUCACAAGACUGCUUCAAGCGGAGUUGGACCGAACAUAAACAACUGCACAAAAGUAAGAACCCUUUGGCGAACAUCCUCGCCCCAGGCGUCGUUUCUAAGGUCGAUCCAGAAACCGGCCAUUUCAAUCCGUUCCCCACCUAUCCCUUCACAGGCGCUUUGAGACCUGUGUAUCCUCUGUCGGAGAAGAGAAUCAUCCCCAAGUCGAUACCGCAUCCAGAAUGGUCACAGACGGGCAUGCCGAAUUAUCCCUACGUCAAGAGAAACAACAUUACCAUCUUGGAUGAGAAGGGCAUAGCAGCCAUGCGCAAGGUCUGCCGUCUCUCCAGAGAAGUUCUCGAUAUUGCCGCCGCCGCCCUCAAGCCUGGCAUCACAACCGAUCAGAUUGACGAGAUCGUGCACCGAGCUUGCAUAGAGCGGAACGCGUACCCUUCUCCCCUUAAUUACAACCACUUCCCAAAAUCACACUGCUCUUCGGUGAACGAGGUCAUCUGCCACGGCAUCCCAGAUCAACGGCCUCUUCAAGAUGGCGACAUUGUUAAUCUCGACAUCUCUCUUUUUCACGAGGGCUAUCAUGGUGACCUGAACGAAACAUAUUAUGUCGGCGAGACGGCGCGGGCCAAUCCUGACAACGUACGCCUCGUUGAGACCACUCGACAGUGUCUCGAGAAGGCAAUCGCGCACGUCAAGCCCGGUGUUGCAAUCAAGGAAUUUGGUGACAUAAUCGAGAAACACGCCAAGACGCAGAAUCUAGGUGUCAUUAAGACGUAUGUCGGGCACGGUAUCAACACGUUGUUCCACUGUGCACCGAACGUGCCACACUAUGCGAAAAACAAGGGAGUCGGGAAGUGCAGGGCGGGUAUGACGUUCACAAUCGAACCAAUGAUCAGCCUGGGCAACUAUAAGGACAAGACUUGGCCGGACGACUGGACGAGUGUCACGGUCGAUGGUAGCCGGUCGGCCCAGUUUGAGCAUACACUGCUGGUGACUGAGGACGGCGUUGAAGUAUUGACAGCACGACUGCCUGAUUCACCCGGUCAACCGAUCCCGUUCCCGCCUGAAGCGGUUACCAAUGGCGAGGGACCGAAGUGA